UGAAUGACGAUUUCCGGCAUAUGGCGCUUCGAUGUAAACGGGUUUCGCUUUGUUACAGAAAGUGAUGAUACGUUAACUUCUUCAAAAUGUUAAGUGUGACUGGAAAAGGAUAUUCAAAGAUAAGCAGUCAAAAUCCAUUCCAUGAAGAUCCCUUGCCUAGAGCAUUUUAUCAUCCUUCUAAAAAGCGUCCUUUGUCAGGAUCGGAGAAAAAGUUGGUUCUCAGCCCCAUUAGAACUGAAAGUUCAGUACAGCAAGUGCAAGAUGAAGCUGAAAAGAAUUUUCUAGCCCAGAGCCACACCAUCAGACCAUUUUCGUCAUCACCUAAACAGACCCCUGCAAGCCCACCCAGUGACAAAUUUGAUGAAUCUUGGCCAGACAGUGAGCGACCCUCCUCUCCCAGGUAA